AUGGAAAAAUUUUUGUUGCUAUUGUGUUGUUUUUCUGCAGUGUUUGGUGAUGGUACAAUAGUGCAAUUACCCAAUGGAAAAAUUCAAGGCAAAAUCGCUUAUACAUACAUCAAUAAAAUCAAAUUUUGGGCAUUUCAAGGGAUACCAUACGCAGCUCCACCAGUGGGUAAAAACAGAUUUCAGCCACCACAACCUGUUGACAACUGGAAUGGUACUCGUGCUGCAACUCAUUCACCAAUAUGCUACCAAACUGGUUUAAACCACAAAGAUUCUGGAGAAGAUUGUUUGUACCUCCACGUAUACACACCAAAGGAACCUGGUACUAACUCGUCCUUACCAGUAAUGCUGAAUAUCCAUGGUGGUACCUACAGAAGAGGAGCAGGUUUUGCUGGGUACAUUCAACCCCAAUAUCUUAUGGAACACAAUGUUGUAAUAGUAUCGAUUAAUUACAGAUUAGGACCAUUUGGAUUUUUAUCCACCGGCGAUAAAAUCAUACCAGGCAAUAUGGGUUUAAAAGACCAACAAUACGCGAUCAAAUGGACCAAAAAUAACAUUCACCUAUUCGGCGGAGAUCCCAACAAAAUCACCAUAAUGGGCCAAAGCGCCGGAUCAGCUUCAGUCACCUACCACCUUCUGAGCCGAUCUUCAUCAGGGUUAUUCCGAGCCGCCAUUGCCCAGAGCGGGUCAGCUCUGAACACUUGGGCUUUCCAGCGCCAUCCAGUAGACACGGCCUAUGGAAUAGCGGCGAUGAUCGAUCCUAAUUUUUCCAGAAACAAAUCCACCCAAGAAUUAUCCGAUGUUCUGAUGAACGCAGGUGCUGAGGCGAUACACGCCACAGGUUCAAAGUACAGCACUUUUGCUCCGGUGUUAGAAGUUGAGCAUGAUGGUGCUUUUAUUACUGAGUCCAUGUACCAAAAAGCAGCAGAUGGGGAGGUUAAUAAAGUUCCUUAUUUGGGUGGAAUUUGCUCCGAAGAAGGAAUCAUAGUUGCUACAAAUAUACAUAAUUGGGAAAAAAUCGUGAAAAAAUUCGAUGACGAUGCCAGAAAUUUGGUAGACGAAGAUAUGUAUAUUGAUGAUGAUUCCAAAAAACUGGAAGCUGGAAAUGCUAUUAAAAAAAUAUUUACUAAUGGAAGUUUACUGGAUCAUAUUGGCUCUUCAGUGCAGUAUCAAACUGACAACAGAUAUGUGAGGGCGCCGAUUAAAUUCGCAGAGCUUGUAUCUGAGUAUAUCGACGUGUAUUUUUACCAAUUCUCUUAUCAUGGAAAAUUGGGUAAAAAUACUCAUUUAAUUGAAGGUAUCGGGAAAGUGGGUCACGGCGAGGAUUUGAAUUAUUUAUGGGCCGGUCACAAAACCUUUGACGGAUUUCCGGAAUCUGACGUGUUAACUGUGAGGAGAUACGUGGGAUUGUUGACGAAUUUUGCGAAAUAUUUGAAUCCUCUGCCUGAGAAAUCCGACUUAUUCCAGAACUUGACGCUGCCUAAAUUCACUAAAACUCGCAAAACCUACCUGGACAUCGAUAAAGAUCUAACCAUCAAAGAAAAUCCAAGGGAAUUUUCGUUUCAGAAAUGGGUUGACGUUUUCGAGAAGUACGCCAAGAAACCCCUAAUAUCCUUUUAA